AUGUUUCAAUCAGAAUCUGCUCCCACAAGGAUAACUGACAAUGUCAUGAGGCAUCAAGGCAGAGCAUCAAGUCGCUACGAUAUACACAGGAGGUACCCAGUAUUGCAUGGAAGUAGCGAGACCGAGAAGGAUUCACCUCGUACUGUUGUGGGGAAAACAGAAAACAUUCCGAUCGCCAAUAAGGACCAAGCAUCUCCAGCCGAGUUGGCAAAGAUAAAAGAGGCGCAGAAUCGAGACACACGGUUCUAUAAUCGCAUUAAUGGUGGGAUGAAGACGACGGAUGUUUCACAAAGUUGUCACCAGAAUGACUUUCUGUUGCAACAACAGAAUGGUCAUGUAAAGAAUAAUCGGCACCGGGAUUUCGGGAUGCAAAACGAUUGCUUCAUUGGAUAUGAAGAUGGACCAUCAAUUGACUACGACACUGAUGAUGAGGCGAUAUUUGAAUUGGAACUCUGA